UACUGGAAAAGUUGCAAAUGCUACAGUUACAAUUAAGGAACCACGCCUUUACCGUUCUUUUCUCUGCCUGAAUGACUGUAUUUAUACCAGCAGACCUCGGCCGACUGACCAACUGUUGCGUCUCACUCACUCUCUUCUGUUUUAGAGAAACGCUGUGGUUGAAAGCUUGUUUCUUUCAUUAUUUUAUUAUCGCGAGAGGAGAGGGUCCUGACCAGCAGCGCAGACGAGCUGAGGAGAAGCUCUCGGUCCAGUCAGUCCCCUAACUCCGCUCUGAAACAAGGGACUGCUGCCCUCAUCAACACACCGCUGACAUGGACUAUUUCAACCUCUUCUUCUUAUUGUGUUUUUCCUGGAAACACUUCAUUUCCAAUGCCCACUCAUCUGACAGCAAUCAGCAGCCAAUUUCAACAGAGAAGUUGUUGGUUCUAACUGUUGCCACAGAGGAAACAGAUGGUUAUCUCCGAUUCAUGCAGUCAGCCAACUACUUCAACUACACUAUCAAGGUGCUGGGCAUGGGCGAGGAGUGGAGGGGUGGGGACGUGGGGCGCUCCAUCGGAGGAGGACAGAAGGUGAGGCUACUGAAGGAGGCCAUGGAAGCACUGACUGACCAAGAAGACCUGGUGGUACUGUCUGUAGACAGUUAUGAUCUUCUCUUUGCCGGGGGACCUGAAGAAAUCCUCAGGAAGUUCCAGGAAGCCAAUCACAAGGUUCUGUUUGCCGCCGAUGGUCUGAUCUGGCCUGAUAAACGCCUACAGGAGAAAUACCCCUCUGUCCGCAGCGGCAAGCGCUUUCUCAACUCAGGAG